CGAACACACCUGACAUUUACAGAGAAGCAAAACAAAAACGAUGAAAGUAAAAUGGGAUGUUAGUGGAUCUGUUCGUUUCAAUCUACACUAUCAGCAUUUUAUUUAAACAAGAACAAACCAGAUCUUAUGUAAGAAUGGAAAAAUCCCAAAAUCCUCCACCUUAUUCUCCUCCUCAACCUGGAUUCCAGCCUCCUCCACCUCAACCUGGUUUCCAACCUCCUCCUCAAGGUGGAUAUCAAGGUCCCCCUCAAAGUGGAUUCCGUCCUCAACAAGAUACACAAACAGUAAUUGUGACUCACACAGUGGCGCACGUACCGGUUGGACCAUCUCCAACUUCUACAACAUGUCCAUCUUGCCAUGCUCAGAUAGUUACAUCCGUUGAAACUGAAACGACUACAAAAACACAUUUGUUUGCUUUACUGUUAUGUCUUUUCGGGUGUUGGCCAUGCUGCUGCAUUCCGUAUUGUAUGGAUUCAUGCCAAGCCAAAACCCAUUAUUGUCCAAACUGUAGAGCAUACAUAGGAAAAUAUGAAAAUUAAAAAUUUUAUUAUGUUUAAUUCAAAACUUUGAAUAUAUAGUACUUCCGCUUUAAGAUUACAAUGCCAAUGUACAUAGGCGUUACGUUCUAUAAUAUUUCAGGGAGAUUUUAAAAUUGAUUGUUUUUAUGCUUAUCAAAGUUUUGUAAUAAAAAAUACAUUUAUAUAAAUAAAUAUUCACCUCAAUAUUUUAUGCUUAAACAGUAUAAUUUUUUCGUAUACUUUAUAGUAUUUAAAUCAAUUUGUACUAUAUACCAAUUAUAUACCAAAAUUUGGCGAUUUUCAUAAGAAACAAUUUCUUAAUUUUUGGUCGCUCAAAUUUUAUUUCUUAAUAAUUUUUUUGUUAGUAAUUUUAACUUAAAAUGAUAAGUAAUUGAUCAGCUAAUUAGAACAGACUAUAUGCAAUGAAAUACUAAUUUAUUUUGUCAUAUAAAUUAACAGAUUUCCAUAUACGGGAUUGAGGAAAAAAUUAAGAAGGUUUUUGAUUAAAGUCGCAUGUUUCAUUUAACUUCAUUCUAUUCUUUAAAACUAUUUAUACUAAGACCUUCAAAAAAUUCUAUUGUGUUUGCGAUACUUAUAUAAUAGAUAUUAAGUAAUUACUAAACCAAAAAAGUUCUUCACUUCCAAGAAGAAGCGUUGUAGUGAUUCUAAAAACAUUCUAGUUACUCUAGAAUUAUUACUAAUGCUUGAGUAGAUUACAGACUUGAUUUUGUAUUAAUCUGUUAAUUAUAUUACAAUUAGGUGAUUUUAUUUUGAAGAAAUUUGUGAUUUUAAUAGGGGUUUAUUUUUAAAUAAUAACCUUGUUAUAAGUGCCUUUGUUUUUCACAUCAAGAAUACCCUAUGAACAUUCCAUGGAUUCCUUGAACGUAUAAGUAUUACCAGCAAAUUCUUAGUUCAUUAUAUGUCUUCCUAGGGAAGUAUAUAAACGACAUUGAUUGAGCAUCCUUCCCUAUUCUUUGUAAAAUUCAAUUUUGUAAGAUAGCUUCUGUCAUGACUCUUUUUCAAAAGCUACUAAUAAAGUUUUUAGUAAAAACGUUGAAUAAAUCUUUUUGGACAUGUGUAAUAUUUAUAUUGCCAUCAUUAGGAUACUUUAUUUCAUUGAAAAAAUAUUAACACAAAACUUGAGUGCAUGUUUAUACGACUUUAAGGUAUAUUCAAUUCAUCCUUGGUUAUUUAAUAAACACUAUGAGUGUUCUGUAUGUUAUAUUGCGAACAAUCUAGAUAUUAUGGUUCACAUAAUAAAUACAGGUUUAUGUUACAUACCAAAAAUGUGUCAUUUAAUUCAUUUGUAAUUUUUAGUUUCUAAUAAUAUUUUGUUGAGUAAUGUUAUAAUUUUAUCUACCUAAAUUUAAUUACAUGCUAUUUACUUACAGUGUAUACAAAAGUAUAGAUAAGAUAAAAAUAUUGAUCCUUUUGAGAUAUAUCUAUUUUAAUAUUUGUAUGUUUUAUACAGUUAAGAAUAUUGUAGUCACCAAUUCACAUUAAAAGAAAUUAUUUUGCAGAUAUGUUGUUUUCUAUUUAUUAUCUUAAUUCUCAACCUUUUGAUAGUCAAAUAACAUGGAUGAGGUCAAUAAAUACCAUAAAUCAUUAUAUUAGAAAGGGUUAGUUUAAAUAAGAACCAAAGUGGCCUCCAAAUAAAAAAAUUAGUGAAAUAAAUGAUGUCACACAUACUCUUUGAAGUUAAUCCACCCUCAAUAUUAAUAAUUCCUUUUAUCUUUAGUUCAUUACCAAAUUUAUCGAAUACAAGGAGUAUUAAGUGAUAAAUGUAUAGAACAUGCGAAAUACAUAUAGAAUGUGGGAUGGUUGUCAUUGCCAGAGAUGUUCGUCUUCUAUUUCAAGUGCUCCCAGGUGUAGUGCUCUGGAGUUCCUUAGCGUUUCACAGGCUUCCCUAUUAAGCUCCUUUUCCAGUUCCGUUUGUUGUUUUUAAUCUGUCUGAAUACCAUUUGAUGGCAUUUCUGUUCAUUUCUUGUAUGGUGUUUUGGUACCACUUACUUUUACAGUUUAUUAUUGAGGUAAAGUUUUUCUCAAACCUAAACUUUUUCGAUGCAAUGUCUUUAGUCAUGUCCCAGGGCUGGUCAUUAUUUAGGAAAGGGCCUUUCUUUGAUGAUUCCGUCUCUGAACAUUCUAAGUAAUGAUACGUUUUUCAUUACUAUGUGGAGAGGUGGGAGAUUUAGAAUCAAAACUAUUGCAGUUGUUGGGCAAGAUUUCAUAGCUUUAAUUGCCCAUAAGCAAGCCAAUCUUUGUACUUUGGAGAUAUUGUUCCUCGUGGUAUUCAGACUAGUUCUAGUACCGCAAACCACUGGCCCAUAUGUGAUUAUUGGUCUCAUAAUUGCCAUGUACAUCCACCUUAGGAUCUUAGGAUCUCUCUGCAAGGUUUCUGUACACCAUCAGAGCUGUUGUGGCUUUUGGUGAUUACUUGCCGGUCUAGCUUGAUGGGCUUGAGGUUGAGUUUUUUCUUCCUAGUGAAGGAAAUUAGGUAGGUCUGGUUCGGAUUGACGUUUAGCUCCACCGAUCGACACCACCUUUUUGUAUAGCUGGGUCCUCUGAACUAUGUCACAAAGUGUAUUCUCAAAGCAUCCUUUUGCGUAGAUGGCUAUAUCGUCUGUAUAUCCUUGACAGGGUAUGCCAAGCUCAGUCAGCCCACGUAAGAGCUUGUUUACUACUAAGCUCCCUAUAAGUAAGAACGCGACUCCCCCUUGUGGGCAUCCUCUGUUUGCAGUGACUGAAUGGUGUCUUGUCCUACUUUCAUUUCUGCUGUUCUAGUAGAUAGUAGUUGUGUAAAGAUCCAGAAUAGAACCAUAUCAUUUAACUAGCAUGUAAGUUUUCUUUAUCCAAAAGCCUAAACGGAUAAAUACCAAAUGCAAAUAAAUGCAAAUUUUGAGAUAAGGAAGUUCUGGAUGCUUCAGAUUUACUUUUAUCUUCGAAUUAAGAAUUCCAUACAUCCUGAAUUCGCAAUAUACAUUAAAAUUACUCAGAGAAGGGCUCAUAUUUUACAUAACGAUAUGUACCAAUUAUGUUUAUUUUGUUGUAUUCAGAAUAAUCAAAGCACCUAAGACUAAUGAAAGUUAUCUAACUGCUUGCAUUAUUUUCACAUUGUUAGUAUAUGUCAUGUUAAUGUUUAGUCCACCUUUUUGAUUCCACUAUAAAGAUUUUUCUGUAUAAAUCAAUGACUUAAGUUAGUAAAUGUUUUUGUUAUAGAGCAAAUAUUAAUUUAAAUUCAUAUUACGUAAAAACUCUAUUUAAAACUAAACUACCCUAUUCCCCUUCACAAAUCUUCUAAAUUAUUCCAAAUAGUACUUUGGAUUCAUUACUAAUUAUGCUGAUUAGUAUAAUAAUCGCCUUACAAUUUAUAAUUAGGUUUCUUAAUUAUUGGUAAUAAAAUGGAUAUCAUCGAAUACACCUUCUGUUAGUUUACAAUCAACAAGUUGUUAUUUGAUGAAAAUAUAUUGUUUGUGUUUGUUCU